UGGGAGAUUACUUCGCCAAUGAUUGGAGGUCAGCUGCUUGAGAGCAGAAUUAGUUUAUUGUUUAUAGGAAGGCAGGCAAGAAACAAAUACAAGCAGAGCGUUUUCUAUGUGACCCUUUAAAGUCUUUUGAAAUUCUUUUGAUUUGGCGUGUGAAUCCUUUGAUUUGUGUGUGUGAUUGUUUUAUGGUGUUGAAAUCCUGUUUUUGUUUGUGAUUGGGUUCUUCCGUCCUGGAUCUGGCAAAUAAAUAAUUGUUUUAUAGUCCACUCUCUGUUUUCCCAGCCCUUUGUAGUUGUUCGUUCCCUAUAAUUAUUCAGCUUGCUAUUUCUGUGUUUUCUCCUUUUUCUCAUGUGUUUAAAUUACUUUGGCUUGAUUUCUUUUCCUUUUUGGGUAUUUGUUUUUCUUUCCUGUGUCCCAUAUAUCUGUUUGGAUGUUGCAGGCCCCUGGAAUGUUGUCCUUCCUUUGUUGUGGAAAAUAGGGUGGCUUCAGUUUCUUAAUGGCCCAUUGAUAAAGGUGGGGGCUGAAACUCUGCCUGGGUUUCUGCUUAUUUCUUUUAGGGGAAUUUCCCUGCUCUUUUAAUAUUGAGUUUCUCAUAUCUUCCAACAGUCCAAUAUCUUUAUUUUCCGCGUUACUCGACUGCGCUUUCCCUCUGAGCCUGUGGGUGGAGACUUCAAGGUUAUCAGCCCGCACCUCAAGUCUGAUCUUUAAUAAAACUCCAGUCAGCCCUCAACGUUUCUGGUGAGCGGUCAAAUUGGACUGGAUCCCUGUUUUAAAGCAAAGCCGAAGUAGAUGCUGGCUUGGCCUUGAAAUAUGGGCAGUGGUUUUUUCCCACGAAGGCAGAGCUUCCCCAGAAGAUGCCAUGAUCAGUGGUUUCACCAAAAUAAUAUACCCAAUGAAAACUUUUGGAUGGAUACUUGGAACAUGCCACAGAAUCAGUUUCCAGAGAGACCCCCUCCAUGGUGGAACCAACACCAUCCAGAGGAACAGAGGCCCUACAACAUCGGUUUUGAUGAUUACACCCGAGGUUCCUACCAUAGGCGUCCUUACCGAGAUCGUUUUAAUACAAGAUCUAAAAAGACCUUCUCAAGAGGAAGAGGUAAUUUUCAAAACCAGUCAAGUUCUCCUUUAAGCAAUGUGGCGCCAAAGAAAAAGUUUGAGAAAGUGAAAAAACAGCCAGAAGAUUCUAAGAAAUUCGAACAGGACAAGGGAAAUACUGCAGCAUCAGUGAAAAAAGAUGUCCCAUCCAAGGUCAAACCAAAAGAUAGUCAGCCUGAUGAAGAGUCUCCUAGCCAGACUGACUCUGUUACAUCUCCUGAAGUUGUUGCAGAAGAAGAAACACCAUCUGGAAUUACAAAAAUCCCUCCUCACACCCAGAAUGAAGAUAUUGUAGUGGAUAAACUGGAAGAUUGUGAGGCCACUGAAGAUCUUCUCAGUCAGACUGUCUCUAUUUUGUCUCCUGGAGUAUCCACAGAAGAUAAAACAUCAUCUUGUAGCACAGAAGUCCUUCAAGACAUUGAGGAGAAAGAUUCUGUAUUGACUGAAACUUCAGCCAAGCAGAAUGAUACAGAUCACUAUCAAACUUGUGUUGCUCCAAUUCUUGAUUCUUCCAGCCUUCCAAGUACCCUCACUGAUGUUCACUAUGAGCCUGUCCUAGUGAGAGAAAAAGAUAAUGAAUUGUCUGAAACUUCAGCCAAGCAAAAUGAUACAGAUGAUUCUCAAACUUACGUUGUUGCUCCAGCUCUUGAUUCUUCCAACCUUCUAAAUACCUUCAAUGAUGUUCACUGUGACCCUAUCCUAGUGAGAGGAAAAGAUAAUGAAUUGUCUGAAACUUCAGCCAAGCAAAAUGAUACAGAUGAUUCUCAAACUUACGUUGUUACUCCAGCUCUUGAUUCUCCCAACCUUAUAAAUACCUUCAAUGAUGUUCACUGUGACCCUGUCCUAGUGAGAGGAAAAGAUAAUGAAUUGACUGAAACUUCAGCUAAGCAGAAUGAUGCAGAUGAUUCUCAAGUUUAUGUUGUUGCUCCAGCUCUUGAUUCUUCCAACCUUCUAAAUACCCUCAAUGAUGUUCACUGUGAGCCUGUGCUAGUGAGAGAGAAAGAUAACGAAUUGACUGAAACUUCAACUAAGCAGAAUGAUACAGAUGAUUCUCAAGCUGAUGUUGCUCCAGCUCUCGAUUCUUCCAGCCUUCCAAGUACCCUCAAUGAUAUUCACUGUGUACCUGUGCUAGUGAGAAGAAACGUUAUUGGAUUGACUGAAACUUCAGCCAAGCAGAAUUAUGCAGAUGAUUCUCAAGUUUAUGUUGUUGCUCCAGAUCUCAAUUCUUCCAGCCUUCCAAGUACCUUUAAUGAUGUUCACUGUGAGCCUGUCCCAGUGAGAGGAAAAGAUACUGGACUGACUGAAACUUCAACUAAGCAGAAUGAUACAGAUGAUUCUCAAGCUGAUGUUGCUCCAGCUCUCGAUUCUUCCAGCCUUCCAAGUACCCUCAAUGAUAUUCACUGUGUACCUGUGCUAGUGAGAAGAAACGUUAUUGGAUUGACUGAAACUUCAGCCAAGCAGAAUUAUGCAGAUGAUUCUCAAGCUUAUGUUGCUCCAGAUCUCGAUUCUUCCAGCCUUCCAAGUACCUUUAAUGAUGUUCACUGUGAGCCUGUCCCAGUGAGAGGAAAAGAUACUGGACUGACUGAAACUUCAACUAAGCAGAAUGAUACAGAUGAUUCUCAAGCUGAUAUUGCCCCAGCUCUUGAUUCUUCCAGCCUUCCAAGUACCCUCAAUGAUAUUCACUGUGUACCUGUGCUAGUGAGAAGAAACGUUAUUGGAUUGACUGAAACUUCAUCUAAGCAGAAUGAUACAGAUGAUUCUCAAGCUGAUGUUGUUCCAGCUCUCGAUUCUUCCAGCCUUCCAAGUACCCUGAAUGAUAUUCACUGUGUACCUGUGCUAGUGAGAAGAAAUGUUACUGGAUUGGCUGAAAAUCAGGGAGCAUGGGCACCUGAAGAUUAUCAGGAGCCACCCUGGAAUGUGAACCAAGCUGACCAAUAUCUUAAAGUGUCUGAAUGUUACAAAGACUCAGUGUCUACUUCUAUUUCUUCUAAUGGAAAACAUAAUAUUGAAAGCUUGGUAAAAUCCACGUCUAGUUCUCCAAAUAUUUAUCACAGCAUCAAUUCCAAACAUUCUAGUACAAAUCAGACCUCAAGAGACUUAUGUUGCCAAAGUCCAAGAUCCUACGUCAGGCAAGAGUGUAACUCAAGAUCUUCUGGCAAGCAAGACCUGUCCACUGAAAGACAGGGCAGAAGUUCAAAAUUAUCCUGUAGGCAAGGACAUCGUUCAGGAUCUUCCCACAAACAAGAAGACUCUCCUCAAAGAGAAAAGCAUACAUCAAAAUCUCCUUACAGACAAGAACAGUCUUCUCAGAAACGAGACUGUAGCCCAAAAACCUCUCUCAUGCAAGAACAUGGUGUGAAGUCAACAUGCAAGCGAAAGCGUAGUUCAAAUUCUCCUCCAAAAAGGAAACAAAAUUCAAAAUCUCAGAAGCUGGAUAGGUGGAAAGAGAAAAAGUUGGGAAGAAGUUGUUGCUGCCAUUGCUAUUACCACUGUCAACAGAGCUGCAGUCCACCCCAAGAGAGUUUGUGGCACAGAAGUGGCUCUCCUGCUUACUUAACUUGUAAAACAGAGCACCUCAAUGUUUCCAAAGAUAUAAGAAACGUCUAUGGAAUGCCAUACCACCUUUCUCCCGAGAGGUCUAUUGCGAAUGAAAAGGAAAUAAUAGAGAGCAGACAAGUGGUGGAACCUAAGAUACCAGUAAUUAAAAAGAAAAAAAGAGCAACAUCAAAGACUGGAAGAAAGGCUUUGAAGUCAUCAACAAAAAAGAAGAAAACAAGCUCUCCUUGCCACCUUAAUGCUGAAGAAGAAACUAAUUCUUCAGUCCCAUCCUGGACUCCUAAAGACCGAUCUGCAGCAGUGCUGGCAAGAAAAGAAGAGCUUGAACAGGCCUACCUGCAGGUCCUUCUCAACUUUGGAGUAAUAGCCAUCAUGCUGGUGGAAAAGGAACCCUGCAUGAUAGAAGCAAUGAGCUCAGCACUACGAGCUAACCUGAGAAAGAUUGGAGACUACUAUGAAUGUCUGCUGAAGAACUACAUUGACAGCUUAACUGAAGCCAGCUGAGAAGACAUUGGCAAAUCUACCUAAUGUACCUGAAGCUUUUUCUAAGACAAUAAACAGGAGGAAGCUUUCUGUUCUUCAAGCCCGGGAUAAACUAUGGCCUUGGAGAAGGACGCCUUUUGGCAGUAGAGCUGAGAAACCACUUUCUCUUGCAACAGCUACAGGGUGCAGAAGUGACAGCUAGAAGACUUGAAUGUAUUAUUGUAAUAUCAAUCCAAGGACUUUGGAAGAGAAAAAUGGGAGGCAAAAAGGGUAAAAAGAUGAGUGUGAUGCCUAAUGAAUUCUGAAUGGCUCAGGUAACUCAGGUCAGGUGGUAACUGGAAUAGAAGUAGAAUCUACUAAGAUUUAUACUUUGAGUUAUAUGGAAGCUUCACGUUCUUGGUAAUAUGGAAGAAGUUCUUAUUUUAGCUUAUUAAAAAUACUGUUGAGCAGUUUUGAAUGUUGGACUUUGUGCAGAAGCAAGCUAGAGGUCUCUGUUCUGUGAUGGUCCAGUAAUACUCAAGAGAAGCCCUGGUGAAAAUAGUAUUUGCUUCUUUUAAAUCUAUGAAGUAGUAUUUUUAAAGAAAAAAUAAAAUCAUUUUGAGACAA